ACAGGCUUGAGCCACCGCGCCCUGCCUCGCUGCUGUUUUAGAUGUAUAAUCUGAUUGGCAUGGGCUCACAGAGGAGGGAGUAAGGGAAGAGUAAGAAGAUUUCAAAGGAGAGGUGGUAAUUGUGUCAUUUACUAGAAGUAUGAAUGUGGGGUGAGGGGUAGGUGUGUAUGCGUGUGUGUGUGUAUGCACAUGUGUGUGUGCGUGUGUGUGUGAACGGGUAGGAGCAUGUGUGUGUGUGUAUGCACAUGUGUGUGUGCGUGUGUGUGUGAACGGGCUUCUUGUUUACUCUGGUACAAUUUUGCGCUUAUUUACCACCCCAAUCUGUUCCUGGACACAGUGAUGGACUCUGUAUAUGUUAUGUCAUUUUAUUCUCACAAUUGAUCUAUGGUGGUAAAAUUAUUCUCAUUUUUUACACCUCCUUUAAAGCAUUUGUAAAUCUGGACGUAAGAGGCUCUCUCCUAAAGUUCAGGAACAUUCAAAACUGAGAUGCUCUUCUCUCCUUCCUCUAAGCAUCAGGGUUCUCUGUCUGCAUCCUAUGUGGACCAGGGCAAAAUAAACUUGAAAUUCACUGAUGUUAGCCUCUAUGCAAUUUUGGGUGCUGAUGGGCUGUUAGUUAUUUUGUUGUUUUAAAAAAGAAGUUAGCCUUUAUUCAUCAGAGUGCCACAGUCACUUUGUGCAGUAAGUUAAGUGGUAAGGUAAGCUUGCUAAUUAAUGUGCCUUUUAAAGGACUUUACCCAGCAGCAGACAAAAUUGAGCCCUGGAAAGAAUUUAGCCCCAUAGCCAGUCAUAUACCAUGCCGUAUAGCAUACCCAGCCAAUGGGGAGAACGAAGUGUGGCUGUGGAAAAAGAUAGGGUUAAGGAAUUUUUUUAAAGCACUACAUAUUUAUUGACAGAAUAUAACUCCAGGCGGUAUUCACAUGCUUUAAACUGAAGCUCUUAACUUGGCAGCGCAGUUUAAGCAAACAAACUCAGGCUGUUGAACACAAUGAUUAACAGGAAGCAGGGGAGGGGACACAGUUACUAGACUCUGGCUGGGAGAAGAGGCUGAGGUUAAGGUCUUAGAGCCGAUGACUUGCAGAAUGGUCACCUCAUCCACUUGCGAUUUCACGGUGGGAACAGGUGGACUACCCGGAAUCAGAACCUCUCUGAGGACAUUUGUUUUUGUGUAGACACAGGUUGCAGGUUAGCGGGAGAACAGGCAAGCCAAAUGCAAAGGAGCCACUUCAGAAAUGUGUCAAAGAAAAGUGAAAAUGCAGCCUAGUGGUAAAUGAAGAGGGGAAGAAGAAAGAAAAAGGACUAGAACUGUGAACUGAAGGGACGGGGAACAGCCAGACCAGAGCUUCAGCCAUCAAGAGGAUGAUUUCGGAACAUGGAGAAAAUGUAAGUUAAAUAUAUCUACACUCUGAUCCUAUCUUAAGAGAGAGAUCUUUUACUCAUUUCCUGGUUGUGAAUGAUGGGCUCUUGGAAGCACUGUCUUUUUAGCGGGUCUCUUAUUUCUGCCCUGAUUUUUGUAUUUGUUUACAAUACUGAGUUACGGGAGAAUAAACGUUUUCUGAGGGCAGCGCUCUCCAAUGCUUCACUGUUAGCAGAAGCCUGUCAUCAGAUUUUUGAGGGGAAAGUUUUUUACCCAACAGAAAAUGCAUUGAAAACUACCCUUGAUGAAGCUACCUGCUAUGAGUACAUGGUUCGAAGCCACUAUGUAACAGAAACACUCUCCGAAGAAGAGGCUGGGUUCCCUUUAGCUUACACAGUGACAAUCCACAAAGACUUUGGCACUUUUGAGAGGCUCUUCAGGGCGAUUUAUAUGCCCCAGAAUGUGUACUGUGUGCACCUGGAUCAGAAGGCGACGGAUGCCUUUAAAGGUGCAGUGAAACAGUUACUUGGCUGCUUCCCAAAUGCUUUUCUGGCUUCCAAGAAGGAGUCAGUCGUCUAUGGGGGGAUCUCCAGGCUCCAGGCUGACCUGAACUGCCUGGAAGACCUUGUGGCCUCUGAGGUUCCCUGGAAGUAUGUCAUCAACACCUGCGGGCAAGACUUUCCCCUGAAAACCAACAGGGAAAUAGUUCAGUAUCUGAAGAGAUUUAAAGGGAGAAAUAUCACCCCAGGGGUGCUGCCUCCUGACCAUGCUGUUGGACGGACUAAAUAUGUCCACCAAGAACUGUUAGACCACAAAAAUUCCUAUGUGAUUAAAACAACAAAAUUAAAAACUCCUCCUCCUCAUGACAUGGUGAUUUACUUUGGCACGGCCUAUGUAGCUCUCACAAGGGACUUUGCUAACUUUGUCCUCCAAGACCAGCUCGCACUUGACUUACUCUCCUGGUCCAAGGACACCUACAGCCCCGACGAACAUUUCUGGGUGACACUCAACAGGAUUCCCGUUCUCCUGUCAAGAUUUUUUAAUACCGGAAUCUGAGAGUGGAGAAAAUUGGGCCAAGGACAGACAAAAGAGCUGGGAGGAAAAUCGACUGUAUUUUUCAACACACAAACAAUGCCAUUUGAAGUACUGGAUUGAGUACAGAAGUAUCAUGAACAUUCCUAAUUUGUAAAAUAUGUGGUGUUGUUUCCACCAGAAUGAGGGAGCACCUGAACCAGACUGAAACAGGGUGUUUCAGUGAGAGGCAUCUUGCCCAUCUCCCUAUCAGCUUUCAUCCAUUGUAUCCCAGCGGAGGUGUUCCUGGCUCUAUGCCAAAUGCAUCCUGGACUGGAAACCUCAGAGCUAUAAAGUGGAGUGACAUGGAAGACAGUCACGGA